AUGGAARGUACUUCUCACKCUAUCKUCCUCUGCAAAAGGGCUAAGAAAAUCUGGAAUCUGAUGUUCCCAUCUCUCUUCACUUCUCCAAUAAAUGGAAAUCUCAGUUUUAUGGACAUUUGGCUGCUUCUUUAUGAUAAACUAAAUCCACAGCAGAGAGAUCUUGCUGCUUUUACCURUUGGGCAAUUUGGUGUGAUCGGAAUUCUWUGGCCCAUGGUUCUUCUGUCUCCACCCCUGCUUUAAGGUGCAAUUGGAUUAGUUCCUAUUUUCAGAAUUACUCACAGGCUCAAGAAAACAAGAGAAUCUCACCGCAGCAGAGCUCGGUCCCUCCCCCAUCCUGUCGUUGGCUUCCUCCUCGCGACUCAGCUAUGAAGGUGAACUCUGAUGCAGCCUGCCGUUCUACAUCAACAGGGCUAGGUCUUAUUAUCAGAGACCAUUUUGGGGUUUUGUUGGUAGCGAAAUCAAUGUUUCUGCCAAUGCCAUUGAACCCUCUUUUUGCCGAAAUCAGAGGAAUUUUGGAAGCUCUAAAGCUCGCUGCCUCACGGAGUUACACUCGCCUGGUUGUAGAAUCUGAUUGCCAAGAAGCCAUUCGCCUCGUUCAAGGAGAUCUGUUUUCGAUGGGAGAAGAAUUAAUUGGAUUAUGGAAAUUCGAUCGUUAG